GUCGGCAGUAUUAACGGUCACACUGGCGCAAACAACACAAACAGCAGCCACGGUCACACAAAUCAAAGUGGAAAAAAUUUUUAGACAAAAAGGUGCACACAAUGCAAAUUAAUUAAAGGCCGUGCGUAUUAAAUGCCCUAAUACGCGAUCCUACGUACUGUAUUUUGCUGCCGAAAAGUGCAACGCGCGCCUAUCGGGGAGUUUCGCGGAAAUUGCUGGGUUUUUUGUGACAGCGGCGAGUAGUCUCCUCCGAAUAACAGCGGCCGAACAGCGAGCGUUUUGCGAAGCAGCGAGUGCCUGGCCAAUGUGGUGCAGCCCCCCGCCACCCGCCGCCCGCGCACCCCCUACCCCGCUAACGCGCAAAAUAUACGCGACUAGUUGUAGUUGUGGGCAGCAGAGCAGCAGGAAAAGCAGCAGCAGCCGAUCAGCUCUGCCUUUGUGAGCGGAUUAGUGGCGAAGAAGCCAGCGAAAAGCCAAUUAACAGUGCCCCGGGAAGCUGGGCCGGUGUCCACGAGCGGAUCUCAGCCAGCCUUCGACAAUUCCGGCUGUGAUGCAGCAGCUGCUGCUGCCACCUAACGAGAUUCUGGACGCCUUUUGCACCCACCACACGUAACUAGAGCACUCACACUGACGCGAGCACACACACACACUCACACACAUUCGGAGACGGGCCAACUGGCGAACGGGCACACUAUUAGGUGGCCAUUGAUGCAGUGCAGCCGCUUGCAGGGAUUCGGGAUCGGUAGGUGAAAAGGACUGGGACAAGCGUGGAGAUGAUUUGCAAACAGGACGUUCUGCAGUGGUUUGAGAAACUCGAGAGCUACAAUCGGAUCGAAACGAUGUACGCCCUGCUCACCGCCUGCCUGCCAUUCGAGCUGCGAUUUUUGGGCACGCUCCUCGAGGAGCAGGGCCGUUGCGACUCGGAGACGCUGCGAGGCAUGGAGCUGCGGGCGAAUAACCCGCACGAGCUGGCCGCCGACAUGGUGAACUGCCAGAAGGGCGAUCCCACCGACCGGAAGAUCCGGCGCAAGAUGGCCCUGUAUCUGGCGCUUAUCCGUGCCUGCAAUCGGAACUGCGUCAGUGAGAUCUACCGCACGCUGGAAUGCUGGGGCGAGUGCGAUUUCAGUUGCAUUAAUGAUCAGGACACGCUGUUGGAGCUGCUGCUGGUCUACACGAUGGCAGCCAUCCACCCGGUGUUCUCCAUGGAGGAGCAAAAGAAGAUUUUCGGCAUUCUGGCUAAGAUCAAGGAGAACAAGUUGGUAGCAGAGCGAUUCGCGCCUCAAAUGCAAAGACAGACACAGACGCCAGUGCUCCAGCAUCCUCACCCGCCGUCCCCACAUGACCUGGUCAUUCAGCAGCAGCCACCACACGUGAUCCACCAAAUACCAGGACCGCAGCAGGCGCCCCCGCACCCGCAACAUCCUCAAAUGGUGCAGGUACUGCAGACGCCGCAGGGCAACAUACCCAUGAUCUUUCCCCAGCACUUUCAAAAGCUUCUGCCCAGCUCUGAUGGAACGCACCAGAUCAGUGUCGAUGGCAUGCCGCACCUGAUGCAGCCUAACAUCACCAUUCCAGCGGACACUAGUGCCAUCAUCAGUCACCAGAACACGGGAUGGACGAUGCGUCACUACGUGCCACAACCGCCCCACCAACAGCCCGCUCUGCAGCAACAGCAGCCGCAGAGUCUGGACCAUCAAGUGCCACCUGCCAGCUCGCCGAUGCUGAGUCAGCAAUCCUCGCCAUCGAGUAGUCGCACCACGAGUCCUCAGCGGGACCGCUCCCUUAUUAACGUUCCACUGCAGGCGCAGCAGCAACCACAUCAGCAGCAGCAGAUGAGGGGCAUGUCCCAGCGAAUGGCGGAUCAGAAGAACACGCGGCGUCCCUCGGCGGAGACUACCCCGCCGCCAACCUCAAUUGGCGGCGAGCAGCAGCACGAUAGUGUCAACGAAGGCGGAAGCAGUAAUUCCAGCGGAACCAGUCUGCACAGACUCAUCCGCAACGGUUUUCCGCGUCUAGGACACAAUCAUCGAGUCAAGGCAAAUACCUUCAUACCACAGCACCAGCAACAACAGCAGCAGCAUCACUUUCAGAACCCCAACUACAACAUGAACGUUAUGAUGCAGAGUAUGAAUAUAAACGACGAUGGCAGUGGAUCGAUGAUGAAUUCCAUGAACUCCACCAAAAGUGCAGCUACCACGGGUAGUGAAUCGGGCAGCUCGAAUGGAUCCUGUGGUGACCUGUCGCCCUCUGAGACGCCAACGCCCACGCAGCUCUCACUGCCACUGCACAAUUCGGUGGAUGCGGGAAUGGGCAUGAUCACGACAGUACUGCCCACCGGUCUGGGAAACUAUCAGCCGAAGCCACACCACUUCAGCUACAAGCAGCAGCAGCAGCAAAUGAAUCUGCAGCAGCGGCUAAACGGACGCAAUGGGAUGGAUAAGACCUAUCAGCAGGUUUACACAACGGGCACGCCAAGCAUCGUCAGCGAUGCACAGACCAUCAGCAGCGCCAGCCUGCAGCAGCAGCAGCCCCAGACCCUUCUCAUCAGCCAGUCUCCGGUGAGCACACCCACGACAACGGUGCUCCUGCAGCCGCAACAACCGCCGCCCACAACCUACAACACAAGCUAUCCAUAUCACCAGCGAGGACCCCCGCCGCCACAGCAGACGAUAUUCCAAGCGCAUAGUGCGCCGCCUCCCCAGACGGUGCGUGGUGGCUUCCGUUAUCCGAUGGGUCCGCCACACAACGGUGAGCUUAUUUACCCGACCUUCCACACCAGCCUGGCCUUCCUGCCAAUGACAGCGGGAGGAACUCCUACCGCGGUAACGCCUGCCCAGCUCCAAAGCACAGCGGCCGUGGUCAGUACGAACGCGGUGAGCGUGCAGACGGUGCCGACGCCACAGCAGCAGCAAGUCCCCAGCACGACGCCGUACAGUGCCCUCACUGUCUGCCCCAUCACGGGAGCGGGUGGUGGCGGAACCGCGCCGAAAGUGAUCUCCUGCUACAACUGUGGAUCGCAGACGCACAGCGGGCGAGAAUGCCAGGAGGCGUCGAUGGAGGAUGUGACUCGAAGCGCUAGCUACAAACUGGACUACUCCGAGACGAGCAUGGACUCAAGCGCCACGGGCGAUCACCACAAGGACGUGGGCAGUGUGCAGAUCAACUCAACGGCGACUGCGGGGACGGUGACCAGUACGGUGAAAUAAUACGGAGGGACCGUAUAUUAACGUACAUAUAUGGAAAUAUUAUUACUGCUAUAUUAAUGAUUAUGCAUAAUCCUUACCUACUUAUACGAAUUACCAUUUAUUAUGAUUGUGUAGUGCGGAAAUCAAAUUUCUCGCCUUUGCCACGUCUCUUAGUUCCGUAAGCCUCUCAAUUCGCGUUAAUUCAAUUCGAGGAUCGGCAGGCGGCUGCGGUUGCGGCUAAGUCUUGACAACCCUUAUCCGUAAAUAAGAAUGAUUUAGGUGCGCCCUGCCAUGCCCUGCCCUGCCACGCCCCUCCCACACACAUAGUCGAUAACGAAUUUUAGUCAUAUGCCACUCUUAAUAUUUCUAACGUUAAGUUGAAUGUACAACAGCAAUAAGUAAUAAUCCUAAUCCGCGUUCUGCGCUCCGCGUUUCCGUAAACUCACUCAACGGGCAGAUAUGUUACAAAUGCCACGAUCGAAUUAAGCUAAAGAACCAUUACGUAAGCCAUUACGCGACCACGACGGGGGGCGUAACCAUACCGUAACCUAACGUAACGAAACGGAAUGAAACGAAACUGGGAGAGGGGAUUGGAGUUGCCCAGGAAAACAGAACACACGUAGCAUACGGAUUAACUAGCAAAUAUAUUAAAAUUGAUUAUGUGUAUAAACAAACGAGUGUAGCAGCACAGUGUGCAUAGUUAACCGACUUCUGAUUCCAACCGAGCCCUCUGAUCUACUAACACCCUGUACUCUAGUUACUCCGCCAUCUAUUUAUUUGCUGCUCCUUUGUUUAAACAUGUAUUUUUAGCAAUGUUUUUUUUGUACUUUAUAUAAAUACCAACAUACUUAUAUACACACAUAUAUAUAUAUAUAUUACAUUAUAUAUAUAUAUAUUAUUUUAAAGCAAACAAUCGUAUAUGAUACACUCUUAUGUGGAUAGGGCGUACGUUACUGCUAAGCACUCUGUCUAAUGAUUAUUUUAUGUACUCACAACUUGAACCCCGAUGGGCAACUGUAUAUGAACUGUGUAUGAACUGGUCAAGUUAGAGAAAUAACCGUUAAGGUCACGCCAAAACCGCCCACGGUUGACCACAAAAUACAAUUGCCUGCCCUUAGUUUCUUAUGUAUAGACGUUGUUAAAAUUUUGUAAAGUCAGCAGACGAACUGCAAGGUAAUGAAAAUAGAAGCAAAUGAUUUACAUGAAAUACACACUCUUCUGAGUUUGCUGCUAAUGCGUAGGCAUGACAAACAAUUAUUAUAUUUCAUUGAAAUAAUAAAAACAAAUUGUUUCUAAAAUUCGAGUAACAAACACAAAGCUAC